AUGGCCGCCAACACCGCCGUCGUUAUUAAGUCCCAGGGAGUUGCGGAGCUUGCUUCCGUCACCGUCCCCUCGCUCCGUGAUGGAUAUGUCCUUGUCGAAGUCAAGGCAGUCGCCUUGAACCCUACAGACAUUCUUCACAUCGACCUUCUCACAGCCCCUGGCACCCGGUCUGGCUGCGACUUCGCCGGAAUUGUCCAGGACGUCGGGGCAAACGUGAUCAAGUCAUUCAAAAAGGGAGAUCGUAUCUCUGGCAUGGUCCACGGGGGCAACGCGGUAAACAACGAGGACGGAGCCUUUGCCAACUAUAUCGUCGCCAAGGCCGAUCUCGCCCUUCACAUUCCUGACUCUGUGAGCUUUGAAGAGGCUGCGACCCUCGGCGUUGGCAUUACCACCGUCGGCCAAGGCCUGUACCAAAGCCUGGGACUGCCGCUCCCUGACAAGCCUUCUACGGAGGGCCAGUAUGUUUUGAUCUACGGUGGAAGCACCGCGACGGGCGCGCUAGCCAUUCAAUUCGCAAAGCUCUCUGGUCUCAACGUAGUGACGACAUCUUCCCCCAAACACUUUGACUACGUCAAGAGCUUGGGCGCCGACGUUGUUUUUGACUACAAGUCGGAUACCCUGGUUGAAGAAUUCCGCAAAUACACGGGCGGACACUUGAAGCACAUUUUUGACUGCAUUUCCACCGAAGACACUGCUCGCAACAGCGUGUCCGCCCUGGGAGCUGGUGGAAGUUAUUCGGCUCUGCGUCUUCUUCCCGACGAAUCAGUCGCCUGGAUCAGUGAACGAGCCAAGUACAACAUGACUUUGGCCUACACCGCCAUUGGCGAAGACUUCCAGUUCGGACCUCACACUUUCUCUGCCAAGCCUGAGGACGCAGCUUUUGCUCGUGACUUCUGGAGCCUCGCCGAACGGCUCCUGGCCGAGGGCAAGAUCCAGGUGCACAAGCCCAAGGUCAACGCCCACGGGUCUGGGUUAGCUGCCGUGCUAAAGGGUCUGGAGGAAGUUCGAAAGGGGACCGUCAGCGGCGAGAAGCUGGUCUACACGCUAAAAUAG